AUGGCGACCACAGCCGGAUCUCAUCUAAAACAAAUGGAGGGAGAGGAGGGACAUGAUUCUCCCCGUACCCACAAGUGCAGCUAUUGUGAGAAGGAGUUUCCCUUCAAAGGUAGCCUGGAUCUUCACCUGCGAACUCACACUGGUGAGAGACCAUACCAGUGUGGAGAAUGCGGGAAACGGUUUAUUCAGCUAUGUAAUCUGAAAGACCACAUGAGAACUCACACCGGUGAGAGACCGUACGAGUGUGAAUAUUGCAACAAGUGCUACAGUCGACCAUACCAGUGUGAUUAUUGCGGGAAACGGUUUAGUCAACGAUCUAAUGUGGAGGACCACAUGAGGACUCACACCGGUGAGAGACCGUACGAGUGUGAAUAUUGCAACAAGCGCUUCAGUCAGGCAGCUCAUCUGAAGGCGCACCUGAUGGACAGCUUUAGUGCCAGACAGGCGGACGUCUACUGA